CAGCCUGAGGUAUCACAGUUGUUAGGUAACUCCCAAGCUCUACCAAGAACUUUGAGACUAACCUGGGAUAGGUGAAGUGCCCUCUCCACACCUCAGAUUCUUUUUCUGUAAACAGGAGCACCGUCUGCUCGGGGUGUUAGCAAAAUCAGAGACCACCAGAACGCACUUGGUACCUAGCAGGCCCUCGCGGUGUGCAGUGGGGCUGCGUGGGGAGGAGUGCAGCUCUGACUCCACGUCCUUCCUGCCUGCCCCUGGGAAGGGAGCACAGCUCCCCAGCUUCACCUGCAGCCCCGCAGGGCCGCCCCGGGAAGUGCUCAGUAAACGGAGGACCACAGAGCCGGGAGCCUGGGUUCACUUUUCUCUCAGAACAAAAGGACGCUUGGCUAUAACAGGAACAUUUUCCAGUUCUCUCUUUUUCUUUUCAUUCUUAAGUAGCUUGAAUCACUUCAGCUUUCCAGGCCAGUCCAGGAGUUGGCCUCUAGAUGUCCUCAGGGGCUGCAGGAGCCGGGCCGGGCGAGGUGCCUACUGUCCUCCCCAGGCACGCGGGGGUGCAGGACUCCCACCGGAAGCAAGUGGUCCACCUGCUGGGCAUGCUGGACACGGUGGGCCAGGAGGAGUACAGCGCUAUGCAGGCCCAGUACACGUGCACCCGGGAGGGCUUCCUCUGUUUGCCAUCAACGAUGCCAAGUCCUUCAAAGGCCAGAUCCUUCGAGGACAUCCGCCAGUACAGGGAGCAGAUUGAGUGGUUGAAGGAAUCGGACGACAUGCCCAGGGUGCUGUUGGGGAACAAGUGUGACCUGGCCACGUGUACCGUGGAGUGUUGGCAGGCCCAGGACCUGGCCCGCAGCUAUGGCAUCCCCUACAUGGAGACUUCGGCCAAGAAGUGCCAGGGCGUGGAGGAUGCCUUCUACAAGCUGGAGCACAAGAGCCGGCAGCAUCAGGCGAGCAAGCUGGGCCCGCCUGCCCCACGGGGGUGGCCUGGGCUGCCUGAGCUGCAGGGCCUGCUCUCCCGACUGAGGCACAGGCGACAGGCGUGGAAGAGGCACCAGCAGGGAGGAUGCAGGGAAGGAAGCUCCGGCCCGCCCAGUUUGCACACGUAACAGCUCAGUCUCUGGGAUGCACGGCCUGUGGGUUUUCACACAAGGGUGGGGCCGCCGCAUCCGCGCUCCAGCCUCGCAGCCCCGGCAGCCACUGCUCCUUAUCCUCCCGGGGUUGCGCCUUUUCCAGAACGUCCUGUGAAUGGAGUCAUACGUGGGUCUGGAUUCUUUCAUUUAGCAAAACAAGUCUAAGACUCACCCGUGCUUUGAGUGAAUCAAUAGCUGGUUCCCUUGUGUCCCUGAAUCGUAGUCCGUUUCAUGGAAUUCCACGGUUUUUCCAUUCCCUCUUUGAAGAUCAUCUUGGUUGCUUCCAGUUGUUAACGAUCAUGAGCAGAGCAGUGAAGAUUGCAUGCAGGUUUUAUGUGGAUGUAUGUUUUCAAGUCCUUUGGGUAAAUCCGAAGGAGCAUGAUUGCUGAGCACAUGGUGAGCACAUGUGUGCGGUUUUGUAAGAAACGGUCAAGCUGUCUCCCACGGUGGCUGCGCCAUAUGCAUCCCCACCGGUGCUGGACGGGAGUUCCUGUUGCUCCACGUCCUCGCCAGCACUUUGCUUCUUAUUCUGCACGAGUCUUUCAUUAGGUAUACGAUUAGCAAAUCUUUUCUCCCAGUCUGUAGCUUUUUCAUUCUCUUAACUGUGUCUUUUGCAGAAUGACAGUUUUACAUUUAGAUACGGUUGUACUUGUCGCUGCUUUCCAUCAUGCUUUUAUUAAAGUUCCUUACUCAUGGAACUCAUGAGUUUCUGAUGUUUUUCUGAUCUGGCAAAUGCACAAGGGCCAACGGAGGGCUCCAAGCUCAUGCUCUUCCCACCUGUAGAGGAUGCUGUCACCUCCAUGCUCUUAGCUUUAACAGUGUGUUCAUGGUACCUGAUGAUCCCCAACCAGAACCCUCUGAGAUUCCUCGACCUUCCCUCAUAGCUGUGACCUCGCUGCUGAGGUGAGACGGACACGGUGACAUUGAUUUGGUGCCAAUGUGCACAUCUCUUAGGAGCGAGGUGAACAAGCAUAUUUUAUCAUUCCUUCCUUUUUUUUGUGAACUCUCCCUUAUCAUUUCUCAUAUUUUUGCCUUGUAAGAAAUUGAUUUGUAGAAAGUUCUCACCCAUUAAGGGCAUUAGAACUGUAAAUAUUUUCCCCCAGUUUCAUAGUAUCUUUGAGUUUGAUUAGGGAUUUUCCCCCAUGCAGAUACUUGAUUUUCAUGUGGUUGAAUCAGCCAGUUUUUAAAGUGGAAUCUAGGAUUUUGUCUGACUUAGAAAGGCUUUUGGUAAUUACGGUAGCAUUAGUGUAACCUUUAUCUAUGUCUUGUAGCUGGCGUGCCUAGUCCCUCUUUCACGCGUUUACAGGGUUUUCCCAGCAGUUCUCGCUUAGUUACUCUGCAUGUGAACUUUCGAAUCAGCUCCUCUAAGUCCCGAAACAGCUGGCACGACAUCUUCUUGGGGCUCCUCCAUGUCACCGACUCAGGUCGCGCACGUCCUCAGGGCACGGCACCCCGUGUGGUCUCUGACUCCCCCCCACACCCGGUCGUGGUGAGGGGUCGGCAGGCUGGGCACGUGGUCAAGUUCCUGCAAGGAGGGCCCUCGGGGGUCUGUAACUUCUCAGAACUAAGACCCCACUAAAGCACAGCAAUGUGAAUAAGGCCCUGCGUGGGCACCACACCAGCCUCCCUGUGCUGUCGGCCUGGUUCCACCACGUCACCUGGCGUAGGUGUCCCCCUCCAGCUCUGGCUCCCGAGGAGGCCUGUGCGUGCCUGGGGUGGGGUGGGGGGCGUCCCACUCCUCCUCUGAACCCAGAGGAGCUGGAGCAGAUGGGUGCUCCCCAGAUUUGCCCCCCAACUCCGUCUAGGAGUGGCUGGGGGUACAGACUGAGGGGCGGGGGCACGAGCUCCAGGACUGCCCAGAAGGGCAGGAAUCAGCAGACUUUCCCAUCCGUCACCCCUGCCUUCCGUCCUCAUGACAGGAAGGGCCGGAGCCCAAGCCAACGGGACUGGGUGGACCCUCCAUGCCAGGCGCCCCUGACCAGUCCCAGUGGUCGAGGUGGCUGGGGACCGGGGACGUGAACCCACCACUCGCUGUCAGCUUCUGCCCCGCAGUCAGGGUGUCAGGUGGGGCCCCAUAGGACAGGAAACAGGACAAAAUUGGAAAUGACUGUGGCCUCGGCCGGUUCUGGCCCACAGCCCUCCCCCUGCGCAGCCCCCGACCCACAGGGACGGGACGGGCAGCGACAGCCCAGGCCUUCACUCCCCAGGGGCAGGGACGAGGGCCGGCACCCCCAGGGCCCGGACCCUGCUCAGCCGGCCCUCUCCUGCCGCCUGCUCCCGCCCUUGAACCCUGGCCCCAGCACAGCAGCCACCCUGGCCUGGAGACCCCACGGGCCACGGACCCCGUCCAUCCUGUCCCACCUCUGGGCGUCUAAGCCUCCUCCCUGGAGGGAAGGAGAAAUAAAACUCCCUGUUUGCAUAGGACAUGGUUGACUUUAGAAAAUUACAGGAUAUCGACAAAAACACGUGUAGAAAGACAGAGAGGGCUCAGCAAACCCAUAUAUGUGGCAACGGGUGCCUCCCUGCUGACAAGGAUCAAUGGCGUGGAAACCAAAGACACUGUACCGGCUACAGUCACGCCCCGGAAAAUAAGAUAUUGAUAUAUACAUAUAACCGAAUCACUUUGAUGUAUACCUGAAACAUUGUAAAUCAACUAUACUUCAAUUUUUAAAUAAGAGCAAAAAAAAAAAACAAAUCUAAAAGCCAGCAAAACCCAAUUCUCUGUGGUGAUAUACACAGAGUCAGGGCAUACUAAACACUGGUGUGAUUCAUGACAGACAGCCACUGUCUCUGGCCUUUGGGGAGGGGCGGGCUGGAGACUUGAGCUCUCUUGGAAAAGCUUGGGGGGUAGGUAUGUGGAUGUCUGUUGUGUGAGUCUUCAUAGUUUUGCAUCUCUUAAAUUUUGCAUAGUGAAAUGUGGAACAUCAGACGAAACUGGGAGUGGGUCAAGGGAACAGCAGCCGAGUAGCUGGCUGGUCUUUCAUUUUUCACCGGAUGAGGUCACCUGCUGCCUGCUCAGUACUGCCCAGGCAUAGGGUCUCUGGGAAAUCACAGUUUGGAAUUAAAGAUGAGCGUGAAACUACCUCUAUUCCCUUUUCCAAAAUGUUCAGCAGAAAUUUGGGUCCAGGCACCAAAGCUCUAUUACUUGGGGGAAGAGUUUGCAGAGACGUACUGACUGUAUGGGAGCUCUCUUGUAAGCACGGUCUGAAAGCAAACAGCCCACAGACUCCAGUCUUUCAGGGGUGCUUAGCAAAUUAAGGAGUGAAAGCUGGGUUUUUGGAAGUAGGUUUUAAAGACUGUAUUUCUUGGAGUAGUCCCAUAAAGUGUAUAUUUGUUGCAGUGUGGCAGUGUCUAAAAAUUGAAAUCAGUGUAAAUGUCCAGGAGGAAACAGUAGUUAACCCCAGGUCCAUCCUUCUUAGGAAAUAGCACAGUCAUCAACAAGAGGGCGAGAAUUACAUGCACGACAUGGAAGGAUGGCCAGGUUAUGUCAUGAACUAACAAAAGCAAGUUUGGAAGAGUUUAAAUUCCCCAAAGUAGAAUUGCUGGGUUAAAAGAUGUGUGCAUCCACACUUGUUUUGGUGGCUACAAUUUAAAAAAAACUCGAAAAUAACAAGUGUUGACAAGGGUGUGGAGAAAAUGCAACCCAACAAAAUGCACUGUUGGUGGGAAUGUAAAAUCAUGCAGCUGCUGUUUUUGGUGAUUCCUCAGAAAGCUAAGUGUAGAGUUACUGUAUGAGCCAGCAAUUCUGCUCCUAGGUGUGUAUCCAAAAGAACUGAUAGCAGGGAAUCCAACAGAUACUCAUCCAACCAUGUCCAUUGCAGCACCAUUCACAAUAGCCAAAAGGUAAAAACAACCCUCGUGUCCAUCCUCAGAUGUACGUGGUCCAUCCAUUACAAUGGAAUACUAUUCAGCCUUAAAAAGGAAGGACAUUCUGACACCUGCUACGCCAUGGAUGAAACCUGAAGAUAUGCUGAGUGAAAGAAAC